AUGAGUCCUUUAGGGGAUACUGGAGAAUUCAAUCUCAUGUUCCAAGAGCUUUUCGAACCGAGAUGGUCCACCAAAAGUCGUUACAGCAUUCAUAUGUACGAGUGGGAGAUUCCGGAAUUGAUAAUGGACUGGAAGUCGGGCUCAGCUCUGUCGUCUGGCGAUACCACAGCAACUGUUCGAUCCAGAUUCUUCGACACGAUCACAAUAUCUGGAUGCGGUGCCGUCUUUGAGGCUAUGACGUGCAAGCAGUAUCUCGCGAGAUCUUGGGGCGACCUUGGGAUCAAGGUCGCUGAUAUGAUUCUUGAGUUCAUCUCAACCACAAGGGAAGAUGCAUGUAUCAGUCAGUCCAACGACCCUCAUACCAAACCAGUGAUCACACAUAGUGAAAUUGACGGCAAAAUCGGCGAGGCUCUGGCUUAUGCGUUUCAAAGCCACUUAUAUUUAGUCCUACAGGAUGUGUCGCCCUCACAGGCAAGCAGCAUACAAAACAUAGCUGAGUGGCUAUGUAAAACGUUUCGACAGAUUCACUCUGGCCACAUCACAGGGCUUCAGGCAUCUCGACUGGCCGAAAUAAUUCAUUCUGGGACUCUGAGUGGUGGCCAUGAGUACGUGGCCUUUGCUCUGUCACCAUUGAUACCUUUGCAGGUCGAUCGAGCUAGCUGCUGGAUGUCAUUGUUCGAGACAGGGAUCGUUGCAGAAACACCGGUGCGACGAGACGUGGCUCUUGAAGGCCUCGAAAUGAGCUUCGAGCUUAUGACAUCUCUCGCCGCGGUGGAAACAUAUCACUACAUUCAACGCGAGGGUAACGCGACAGAAUUUAUACUGCUAGGAUUCUUCACGGCCCUGAUCCCUACCCUCCUUCACGAUUCUGGGACAAUUUCAUGGCACUUUGAGUACUCCGAUACCGAUGUUCUGCGACCAAUGGAUCUGCAAUCGACGCAAAAAUCAUUGGCUUCCAUCAAGACACCAGCAGACCUUGCUGGCAGACGCUGUGUGGUUGGUAUGUGGCCUCAAGCUAACAUUAUGCUUGGUGUCGAAGGUACAGGAUUGGACUUCGAGGAUAGUGGCCUUCCGCAUCGCUCGAGUGUCUUGAAGCUCAAAGGAUUUGAGGCCACAGCUGCGCUUGGCGUGUCAGGCGGUCCUGUUCAGGGUAUCAUGCAGGCGACGCGGACAUACGAGCAUCACGUGACCAGACAAAGGUUCACGCGGUCAACUGCUUAUGUUCGUGCGUUGGACCAUCUUUCUCAGGCUGUAGCUCUUGUGUACGACUGCAAGACCCAUAUUGGCUGGCUGGUCCCUCAAACCAGCCUUUUGCUACAUCUUUGCCACGCUUACUACGCAAGGCUUAGCAACAUUAAAGGCCAGAUCGACCCUAUACCCUGGGCCAAACCGUCGACUGACGGUGCUUCAGCUGCCACUGCUGCUUUUCGAGGUUCCGGCGAUAUAGUCGUCAGCGAAGUGGGUGACCAGACCGACGACCAGCUUCUGCUCAGACAACUACUUGUGUCUCUCAACAGUAGUCUCCAAGUCACUCAAGACACGAGACAGCUACCGAAGAAGAUAUUCCACUGGACCAAAGGAGUGUACUUCUCGGAAUUGCAAGACCAAAUUCUUGAGCCGGACGACGGCAGUGCAUUGAGAGUGCUGGAUCCAGCUGAAUGGCCAUCCAUCAAGGCAUGGCUAGAGAUCACGAAGAAAGUGGACGGCCUUCUCGUCUGCAGAAACCUGGAUCAGGCAAUCGCACUCGUCGGCCCUUCUUGCAGUCCUCACAACCAGAGCCCACAAGCAAAUGCCAACAUCAUCACCAACAAUAUGAACAGCAACAACACAACGACCACCACAACAACAACCACACAAACGCAGCUAUCCACGCAUCUUGCUACCUGUUCCUCUUGUGCAAAAGUCCCAGAAGGACGAGGUUACCUAGUCGCCCACGCCUGGUGCCUACAAAACGUGCUGAAACGACCAAGUCCAAUCGCAAGCAAAAACAUGGCUACAUGGAUUCAAAAUGGCAAGCCUUUUGAUGUCCAUCUGCACGCCUCGAAUGAAUCCAUCUGGGCACAUCCUGAAAAGGUGCUUCAAAGUUUCGCAAAGCCUGAGCGGGGUUUCGUCUGUAACAAGACGGGAGGACACACAGUCGAGGGUGCGGUCGUUUUUGGAAAGUAUGGCGAGGAGUCUCUUGCUGAGUGGUUGAGGAAGGUUGCGUUGAGUCCGUAG